AUGUCCCAGAGGAACUGUACCCACUGCGGAUCAACGAAGCACGACAACCUGGGUUGCUGGAAGCGGCUGACGUGCCAAAAGCGCGCCAGGAAGGGGCAACCAUCCGAUCAUUGCUUUUUCGUCUGCCGCGGAUGCGGAGAGAUGCACGAACCCGGAAAGUGUCCGAUGGAGGAAAUCUGGUACGAGCCAAGCGUUCUGAGAUCUGCAUUUAUGAUAGACGACAGCCAAAAACAAGAGUGUGUUGGCAUUGGAGAAAACGCGUAUAUGACAGAAGGACGUACCCGGAUCAAGAUCACGCUCGUAGGAGCAUACGUGUACUACUUCGACUCUUGGGUUGGAGAACUGACAGACCAAGAGGUGAUAUUGGGGAUGGACUUCAUGGUACUGGCAGGGAUCCGUCUUGACAUGGCCAUGGAGGUGGAGGCUACCACGAAGGAAGUCACCAUCGACGACAUACAAUUAGAUGAUCCACACGCGACACCGGAGGAAUGCGAACGACUGCGUCGUACCAUCUGGAAGCGACGCCACUUGCUGAUAGGAGCCGGUAACGCCUUACCACCUGCAGCUUUCGGAGCUAUUUGCGACAUCGAUGUCGGAACGGCAAAGCUGGUGGCACAACGAUGUCGACGGGUAGCGCCACAAUUCCGCGAGAAGUUGUCAAUGGUCAUCAAGGGACUGUUGUCAGCAAAGAUCAUCACUACCUCCACGUCACCUUGGGCGUCACCCAUAGUAGUCAUCAUCAAGGCUAGCGGGGUGGACAUCCGCCUCUGCAUCGAAUACCAGGUAGUGAACAGCUAUACGAGAUUGAUGGUAUACCCCAUGCCGUUGAUCAACGACCUCAUUGAAGACUUGGACAAGGCGCUCUCGUAUUGUUCCCUCGAUAUGGCUACUGGCUUCUGGGUGCAGAUCGUCGACAAUGCACUGUACGGUCAUAUGUGCAUCAAGCCCAAUCAGGACAGAUCGAACCCCGUUGACGUCUGCGAGGAAGGAGAGCCGGAACCGGAGCUUAAGCCGUCGACCCUCGGGCGGAGGUUGUAUGUGGACGACAUCCUUAAAGAGCUCGACGCCAUCGCCAACCUUCCGUUCCCCACUAAGCUGAAGGCAUUGCAGCCGUUCCUCGGAAGCUUGAAUUAUUACAGCCGCUUCAUUGAGGACUUCGCAGUCUAUACCACGAUCUUGUACAAGCUGCGGGAAACAGACUUUCACGAUAUUGCCAAGAUGAAUGCAGAAGAUGCUCGUGAGACGCGAACCGAUAAUAGCCAAAUAGCUGAGGGCGAGUCCGACAGGUGGGCGAAGAACGCAUUUACUAUGCUGAAAGCGAAGAUUAUCGCCACACCUGUCCUGAAACACUUCGACCCGGAACGCACCCCCGUCAUCGUGCUUUACGCGAACAAGUGGGCCAUAUCAGCGGCAUUGAUGCAGGAACACGAUGGUGUGUACCACCCGGUGACCUUCACCAGUCGCACGCUGAAGGCAAACGAACUCAGCUAUGGAGUGGUGGAUAAAGAGGUAUUGGCUCUUCUGCGGACCUUGGACGUCUGUUACUUGCAGCUGGAAACCAGAUCGAUCAAGGUCCUGUCGCGAUUCUCGACAUUGGCCUGGCUGCUCAAGUCGAACGGGAUAGCAUCCAAGAAACAGACUCGUAAAAUGAUCAACAUUCCUCCACCGACGAUCGAACAAGACUAG